ACCGCGAGGGGUGGGUUUUUACUCUAAUUGUUGUAUGUCUGAUACCUCUGACUUGGCCAUAUUAUCGCUUUCAAGUGUGAGCAGCCAAGGUGCUUUGAGAAGUACAACACCACCAUCAUCACCUCUAACACCUUUACCUUCAUCCUCAACACUUGCAUUUCCACCUCAAAACCCUAUCCCUACACACACUACUGCUACUGCAAUGACUACACCUCAACACCUAGGUGUAAUCGACCUACCAAUCCCUGGCACGAAGAAUGCUCCGAAGAAAUUCAAAGGAAAGUACUCAGAGAUCAAGCCUUUUGUCCAGCACUACGAAAGACUCUGUCUUCAGAAAGGAGUGACCGAUGCUCAAGAGAAGAUAGAGAAUAUUACGCAGUACUGUUCAAGGGAUGCACGAGAAUUUAUGGAAGGACUUUCAAGCUAUAAGUCAGGAAACUGGGAUCAGUUUACCAGAGACCUUUUGGAGUUCUAUGAUGCUGAAAGAGACUCAAAGAGAUACCGCCCCAAAGACCUCGUCAUAUAUGUCAAGAACUGGAAGUCUGACCACAAGACUAUUCAUAAUCUUUCAUCCUGGAAAGAAUACAAUCGAGGCUUCAUCAAGAUUGCUGGAUGGCUUAAAAAAGAAGGAAAGAUUACUGAGGACACUCAGGCAAUUACCUUCUGGAAGGGAAUCCCUAAACCCUUUAGACAUCGACUGGAAGCAAGAUUACUUGCCAAGACUCCAGAUCAUGAUCUCAGCAAUCCAUUCAGCAUGGAAAGCAUCCACAAAGCUGCUAAAGCUCUCCUGCAGCGCAACCGCUUUGAUAGAGAGGGAUAUCUGUCAGAUGGUGAGGAUGACGAAAGUGAAGAUGAAGACUCUGAAGACAGUGACCGUGAUUCAGAAAGUUCUGACUCAGAUUCUGAUAGCUCAGAUGAUGAGAAAAUAGCACAGCAUGUGAAGAAGUUGAGGAAGAAGCGGAAGGAAAAGAUGAGUAGAGAGAAGCUGAAGAAGAAGAAGAAAUCAGAGCAAGAAGAGAAGCCCGAGGCCAAGAUCAACAAGAGUGCAAGACCAACCAGGAAGAAGGAAAAGGACAGUGAGGUUGAGGAACUUAUCAACCAGCUCAACAAGAUGUCACUUGAGGAUCCUGCCUAUGCGAUAUCCUACUUCAGAGCCUGUCGACUCGAUCCCUUGGUUGCUGAUAUUGUACCAAAGCCUAAUGAACGUCAUCAAAGGAUAAAUGCUCAACCUUCUGGACAAUUCUUCAAUAAUAGCUCUAGACCUCCAAUGCAAAGGCAGAUGCCUCCUCACAUGGAUAAUGCACCUACUGGUGAUAGAAGAUGUUUCGGAUGUGGUCAGACUGGGCAUGGAACAAGGUUCUGUCCCAGAAUGACUGAACUUCUAUCUCAAGGCAUUGUGAGUCGAGAUCCUGCCGGACGCUAUGUCAUGGCAAAUGGACAACCGAUCAUGAAGAUUGCAUUUGAUGAACCUUUGGCAACUGCUGCAGUACGUUUGCAUCCUACACCUCAAGCCAACUUUAUAGCUGUCAAUCAUGCCACUAUUGAAGAAGUAACAGAUGAGGACUAUCAAGAAGUAGGUGAAGAUGGAGAACUAAGUGAUGAUGAAGGAGAUGGAAGAAAUGCCGCUUGGCCUGUGACUCGAACUCCCAAGUCUACUACUGCUGCUAGAAAGGAAAAGUUCGAAGGAGUCUUAAUGCCCCCAAGAAAAUUUCUAGACAAAAGGGACGAGAAAACAAGAUCAGCAAAGGGAAACAAAGAGAACGUACUUCCAAGAAAGAAGAACUUUGAGUACCCAUCUAAUGGAAAGAUACCUGAACCUGUACCUGUUGAUGUGGAAAGAGAUAUUCCAGUUGACAAUCAUUCAGAUAUCAUCAUGGAUGAGGAACUUGGAAUGCGAGAGCCACUCGGUGAAAGGAAUGCUUCAAAGAACUUGGAGAAUCAUUCACCUGAGAAGAGAAUUCCUCGACGUUCUGAGAUUCAAGCUCAGGUCGAUCGUCUCAAUGUGCUCACUAAAGUCUUGAAUACACCUGUUACCUUAGCUGUUGGAGAAGUCUUUGGAAUGUCAAAGGAAAUGAGCACACACCUCCUGGAUGUCCUUAAGCCUAAGCCUGCCACUAAACUUCAACAUGUUCCAAAAGCUACUGCGGCAUUAGCAAGAACCUCUGCCAGUUUUAAUUCUUCAGCAGUCUCAGCUUCCUUUAUUGCAUGGUCAAGAGGCACUCUCAUUAAAUUGAAGAUGCAUUGUGACAAUGUACCUGUUGAUGCUAUCAUUGACACUGGAUCUCAGCUCAAUAUUGCACAUGAACAAAUCUGGAAGGACGUACUUGCAAGGCCAAUGGAUAAAGGACGAAAGAUUAGUAUGAGUGAUGCCAAUGGUGGAGAAGGAAUGCUAAGUGGACUUGUGCCCAAUGUACCUCUCAACUGUGGUGGAGUACUCACUCAUGCAAAUAUCUAUGUCGGAACUCAAGUUCCAUUCAAGCUUCUAUUAGGACGACCCUGGCAACGUGGUAAUUAUGUGUCCAUUGAUGAACGAGAGGAUGGUCUUGUGCAAGCUGAUGAAGGACUGACAAUUGAACCCGACAUUCCAGAAAAGCUUCUUGAAGAAGAGAUAGUAGAUGAACGAGAACCACGACCAUUUCAACAUGCAUUUGAUGUCAGGACUCAAAUGUGGAUGCAUAGGUUCUUCUUCUCCCCAUCUCAAUAUGACCGACCCAUGCUAGUCACCAUGCUGCUACCUUUUCACCAUAGCAAUCCUACUCCAGGCAUCCUUGACAGAUAUGCGAUUGAAGGAAGAGAAGGUAUUGGGAAAGUCUCCUUCUCAGCUUUACAUGAGAAGAUUGAUUCUCUUCAUAGACUCAAGAAGGCUCCAAAAUUCCGUUUAAAUCUAGGAACUUUCAAUGCAUUUCCUCUGCAAUCAGAUUCUACUGGACCUGCCAGGCAUCAAGUUGAAUCGUUCCUUAUAAAUGAUGCAACUCUCAUCUAUGCCAAACCCGGAUCUGAGCUACCAACAGCUGUACAGUAUGUGGAUGCCUACCUGCAGUUCAAAGACAGUCUGGAACAUGAUCUGGAAAAUCACGAAUGGAAAGGACCUAUUUUGGUUCCAGCAGAAGGUCCUCCUGACCCUACUGACAAGAGUCAAAAGCCUGAGGGACAUCCGGAUAGUCAAGCAGAGUCUACCAAAGGAGAAGAUGAUGAUGCUCCAGAAUUACGGCCAUUUCAAUUUGAUACAUUUAAUGUCAAGACUCAAAUGGACAUGGACCAAAUGUAUUUCUCAGCAUUCCAAUACGAUCGACCUUCAUUGACCUCUAUACCAGUACCCUUUGAAGAUAAUAACCCUACUCCUGCCCUUCUUAGGAUAUAUGCAAGUGAAAGUACAGAGGAUGUUGGACAGACUAAAUCUGAAGAACUUCACUCCAAGAGUAUGUCCGUAAUUUGGCGUAACAAGACACCUCAAUUUCGUCUAACUCUAGGGACAUAUGAAGCUUGUCCUGUAUUAACAGAGUUUACCGAACCAACACGACGACGAGUGGAUGCAUUCAUCAUAAAAGGAGCUACUCUAAUUUAUGCUGAACCAGGGUCAGUUCAACCAAUGGCUGUACGACAUGUGGAUGCAUAUCUCCAAUUCAAGAAGAGUCCUGGAUAUCCUUCUGGAGACUAUGAGUGGAACGGUCCUAUUUUUGUCCCAGUAGAACCUGUUCCUGAGACUACCGAGGACAAGAUGGAAAUCAUCAAACAACCUAGCGGACAGCAAGAUGAUCAACCUGGACUCUUUGACAGCAAGAGCAAAAAUCAAGCCAAGGAAAAUAGCCUGCCUGAUGAAUUUGAUUCAGGACCCUCUAAGACUGCUUCCUUAAGUUUUGAUGAGCUUGAUCCUUUAGACAUGACUCCACGUUUGCCAAGUGCAGAUCAAUAUCUAAAAACUGAAAUUGAGCUGAGCAUUCAGCGUGAUAAAGAAGAACGAGACCCAUCUGAAGCACUUGCUGCACGAAAUUUGGUCAUACAGUUGAAUUCAACCGGGGAGACCAAUGAUGAAGUCUUGCGAAUACGUGGUGGUUGUUCCAGAAGUGAUGACAGUGGAGAUCUUGACUGGAACCUAAAUGAAGACUAUUGCCAACUUCGACAGAGCAGACAUGGCCCAGAAGAGGAUUUGUUGAAUAAGAUUUCUACUCAUUCAACUGGAACUACACACCGUGAAGACCACAAGGGAAAAGAGACAUACAACAUCAUACCCGAAUUUUCUAAAGACUUAGACAGUCUUCAGAAAGAUUUUAAUUUGACAGUCAAAGUCAAUGACAAAAAUUGGGAUAAAGCUAAUGGAAGGCUAUAUGUACAGGAAACCCCAUAUCUGACUAACGACGCGGCUCUCUUUUGUUCACUUUUUGGACUGAACCCUUCUUCCAGUGUUCCAGGACCAACGGACGAUAUUCGCCAUACAGAAAAUCGACAGAUUGACCUGCAAAACUUGGAGGAAGUCAGUACGAGUAAUUUGGAUGCCGAGAAUGGGACAACUUACCUGACCGGAGAUGCAGACAAAGGACAAUACCUUGACGUCCAUGUUGACGCGUCAAAGAUGUCUAUGAUAAAAGAAAAUGCAGUAUUUGACCAGUCAGUACACCCCCCCUACGUACCGCACUCAAAGGAGGUCUCAUUCAAUAGGCAUCGCGGUGGAGAAAACCUGCCAUUCUUCAUGCUUAAUAGAGAAGACGCCGGUUGGACCAGAACAGAAGAAAUCGGAAGAAAUGGGAGAAACACUUAUGAAGAAUUUAGGCCUACGCUCGGUGAACGAGACCGUCCCUCUAAUUCGGACCCGAAUAGAAAUCGCGUCUCGCAGACGACGAGUGGAGAUCGCCUGCGAGAAUCAAUUUGGUCCGCGUUCUCGAAUUUCGACGUGGAAACCUUAGCAUAUUUGUUGACGAGGGUGCGGACGCUCCUGGGCGAAGUCCCCAUUGAAUUAGGCCUUAAAAGAAUAUAUGAGUAUGCGAAUGGGAUCGGCCUGCUUACCGUCAAUAACAAAGUCGAAAUGGAGAACACCGUCGAGGACGCGCAAGCCCUCCACUCGAAGACAGGGGAUCUACUUAGAGAAAUAAAAGGAUUGACGAAAGGAAUAGGUCAGUGUGGCCAUCCCAGAACUGCCAUCUGUCUUGAAGAACCCGAACGACAGCUCGAACAUACCUUAGUUACCCGCGCAAUGGCACCAAUCCCUUCCUUCGCUACUCAUCCCCCUCCUCCUCGGUUUGCGGUAACCGAAUACGGCCUACGUGCACUCGCUCCUUUUGCAGCACUAGCCGGUAUGUCGAAUCGUCCCCCUCCUAUCCCGCGUGAUGGACUGAAUCAAUCCCACCUAUCUGGAACACCUCCCUUGGAUUCGGAAUAUCCUACUUGCCAAGUGUCAAUCACCUCUGGUAAAGCUCAAGCCUUACCGUCGACAGAAAGUAAAGAAGGUACGACGUACUCUUAUAUUUUUGAUGACACUACGCUCGUCCACGCGCCCUCCAUAUGGACCGGAGAGCCCGACGUCCGUCGUGUCCGCGGUAUGCUAAACGUCGUGGUAGACCGAGAGACCGAGAUCGCUGAACCCACUUGGGAAGGGCUCGCGCUCGCUCUGGAUGAAGAACAAGAUCUAAAGACGAGAGAAGUCAGGGAGGAAAUAGAAGACGAUGACGUACCUAUGCUUAGUUUAGAGGAAGAGGAACUAGAAGAGGGAGAAAUAGAGGAAGAAUGGAAAAGGCAGAGGAAGGAACGUAUGAAGGAACUCUAUUCGAUCGAAGAGAAUGAUCGAGACUCGUGGCCAGACCCAGAGUCCCAGAUCUCCGCUGUACCUCCGAUUUCCGCGGAAAUCAGGCUUGAUUCCGCAUCCCCGAACUCCCUCAAAUGCUCGGCCAACCCAAGCCUUAACCCUAGCAGACCGUCCGGCGCUACAGGCUUCAUCGAUUGGGACUCUAAGUCUCGAUCGUACUUCGAACAGUCUCUCUAUUCUCAGUCACCUCAGACGCUUCCCCCUCCUCUAGCUUUUCCACUAGGACCUCCUCGACCUCCUCCCUCGCCUGACGCCUCCGCUGGAUCAUGCGCAUUCGUGUCCCAAGAAGACCAGACGGAUGAAGAUGACGAGGUAGUAUUGGUAGAAAGGAAUGGGGUAAACGGACCUCAGACGUUAAGGUACGUACCUCCUCAUUGCCGUAAACUGACAUCUAAGCUAGGUACAUCCUCGGAGAAUGUUUCUCUCCUCGAGGACCCAGUGGUUCGACGUAAACCCACACUAUCCUACUACAGGAGCCAGGAUCCACGCCGACGAAAUGGACAUUUGAGAUCGGACCACGCAGCGGUGCGUGCAGAACUGCUGUCUCUUGCCUCCUGCUGUCCGUCAACGACCCCCUGCUCUACGCCGGAGUACUCCCCCACGAUCUGGUCACUUCCCCCAGCAGCUCCUCCAGUAUCGGCAUUCACGGCUAACGUAAACGUACCUACACUGGAAGGCCUUCGAACCACAUCCCCUUCGGACGACUUUACGCUUGAUAGCUCCCUACGCCGCUUCUGGAACGAGGCAAGAAGGUCCCUAUUUCAAGAAGACCUCCCCGCGUACGUCCCUCUUGACUCAACGGGCAAGAAGACUACUUACGGCAACGACGUAUCGAUGCAUUCGACGAACACCCCCUCAAUCAAAUCUCAUCUACCUUCUGUCACAAUGACCCCCACUCUACCUGGACAACCUGUCUCCAGGCAGAAACAAUGCGAGCUCGAACAUGAGCUCGAUAAGAUUCUCGCGGUAGCCCCCAGUCCCGAAGAGACUAAGGAUGGACACGACGACUCUGAAGAAUCGGAAUGGUCCAACAUGGAUCUUCAGGCCCUUCAAUACACCCAACCCCUUAUCGUUAACGGUAAUCCUAUAUUCCCCAUUCGAUCUGGAUCCCUUCCCUUCACGUACAUCUCCCUUCGCUCUGAACGGCUUCUUAAUCCCCUUCCACCUCGCGACACCGUACCCUUUCUCAACAACAUCUGGCAUGGCCAGGACGACCUCAAGACCAGAAGGGAAUUCAUUCAGGACUACCAUACGCUAGGCGAAUGGGCCGAGCGGGACCUAUGUCUACCCUUCGUCGCUAGGACCUACGCACGCGGACUCGACGACGACAGCAACAGUUGGUUGCGGGACCGAUUUCGACGACUUCCUCCCAUUCUGGAUGCCUUUGUUGAACCCUUCGCAGGACGUCAAUGUUAUACGGCAUUUGAUCUCUAUUGGGGAUUUGAUGCUAGAAAGAUACAUGAGAAGAGUCGCGAUAUGACAGCAUUCCUAUCACCUCUAGGCCUUCUUCGAUUGACUUCCCUCCCUACUGGCUUUACAAAUUCACCUGCCGAAUUUCAAGCUUGCAUGGCUUUUAUUCUUCAAGACGAAAUGCCUCAUACUGCUGACAUCUUCAUAGAUGACCUUCCCAUCAAAGGUCCUCUGACUGAGUAUCUUGAUGAAAAUGGAGUGCCAGAAGUGUUAAAGGAAAACCCUGGAAUCCGAAGAUUCAUUUGGGAACAUGCCUGUGAUGUACAUCGAAUCAUGCAUCGUGUAGGCCAUGCUGGAGGAACAUUUUCACCAAGCAAAGUUCAACUUGCUCGCAGAGAAGUUGUGAUUGUAGGUCACAAGUGUACACCUGAAGGAAGAAUUCCAGAUCCUAACAAGAUUGAAAAGGUUUUAAAUUGGCCCAUCCUUACCACUGUCAAAGAAGUCCGUGGAUUCCUAGGACUUUGUGGAACAGUGCGUAUUUGGAUCAAGAACUACUCAGCCAUGGCUCGACCCUUGACUGAGCUUAUUCGCCAUGACACUGACUUUGAGUGGGAUGACCGUCGACAAGAAGCCUUCGAUAACCUGAAGAUGUUGAUUACCUCUGCACCUGCCCUAAAGCCUAUUGACUACUCCUCUGAUUUGCCUGUAGUUCUCUCUGUGGAUUCAAGCUACAUUGCUGUUGGAUUCAUUCUUUCACAAAGAGAUGAACAAGGACACAAACGGCCAGCUCGCUAUGGAUCAAUUCCUAUGAAUGAACGAGAAGCACGAUACUCCCAACCUAAGUUGGAACUAUAUGGACUCUUUCGUGCCCUUAGAGCAUAUCGCCUCUACCUUGUAGGUGUCAAGAAACUGCAAGUGGAAGUUGAUGCCAAGUACAUCAAAGGAAUGCUCAAUGAACCUGACUUACAGCCCAAUGCUUCUGUCAAUCGCUGGAUUCAAGGAAUAUUACUCUUCGAUUUUGAGUUAAUUCAUAUCCCAGCUGAACAUCAUAAAGGACCAGAUGCCCUAUCACGUCGUGGACUUGGAGAAGGAGAAGAAGUGAAAGAAGAAGAUGAUGCUUGGUUGGAUGAAAUUGCUCUCUACACACUGCCACAUGAAGUCACAUUGGACAAUGAUGCAUUUCAGGAUUAUAAUCCUUUAAAGCUCAUUCCUGUGUAUAUUUCCACAGAUUCCAAACAAGACCAGACUAUGCGGCAAAUCCACAAGUUUCUAAGCACCUUAGAGACCCCAGAAUUUCUAUCACUUCAAGAACGCAAGAGGUUUAUUACCAAAGCAAGUCGAUUCUUUAUUCGAAAUGGCAAUAUGUAUCGACGAGCUGGACAACGACCCCCUCUAAAAGUUAUUUUCUCAGCUAACAAGAGACUUAGCAUUCUGGAAAGUGCACAUGAAGGACAAGGACAUCGUGGAGAGUAUGCAGUAAUGCGAAUGCUCAAAGAACGAUUUUACUGGCCAAAUAUGUGGAAUGAUGUUCAUCAACAUGUUCGAUCCUGUCAUCAGUGUCAGCUCAGAAGCACUCGUAAAGUUGAAGUCCCUCUGACAAUCUCUGCACCUGUGACACUGUUCACCAAGAUAUACUUGGAUAUCAUGUUUAUGCCCAAGGCAAAAGGAUUCAAGUAUAUCAUUGCAGCCAGAGAUGAUCUUUCUCGAGCUGCAGAAGGACGUGCCUUAAGAGAUGCAACUUCACAUGCCAUUGCCAAGUUUCUAUGGGAAGAAAUCUUCUGUCGAUAUGAUGCCAUUGGACAAGUUACCACUGACAAUGGACCUGAAUUCAAGAAAGCAUUCAAUACACUUACCAGACGGUAUGGUGUACCUCAAGUUUCAAUAUCUGCCUACAAUUCCAAGGCAAAUGGUGUAGUGGAAAGAGGUCAUGCGAUUAUUCGUGAAUCCAUAGUGAAAGCCUGUGAUGGGAAAGUCAAAGACUGGCCAGACUAUGUUCCCCAUGCUUUCUUUGCAGACAAAAUCACUAUCAGUCGAUCAACAGGAUUCUCACCUUACUAUUUGCUAUUUGGAGUUCACCCAGUCUUACCUUUCGAUCUCUUGGAAGCAUCAUUUCUAGUGGAAGGUUUCCACUCUGGAAUGUCUACAACUGAUUUGCUUGCACUGCGAAUCCAGCAACUUUCAAAGAAGGAUCAAGAUCUGGAAAAGGCUGCAGAAGUUCUCGCAAAGACACGUUUACGCUCAAAGGCUCAAUUUGAGAAGAAGUUUGAGCAUAGAAUUCGAGUUGAAAGUUUCAAGCCUGGAGAUCUCGUACUUGUACGAAACACUGCCAUUGAAAGAUCCUUGAAUCGCAAGACUAAACCCCGGUACUUAGGACCCUAUGAAGUAGUUCGACGGACCUUCAAAGGAGCCUAUAUCGUGAAAGAGCUUAAUGGAAACCUCUGGAAACAGGGAAUAGCGGCCUUUCGAUUGCUACCCUAUAUCUCAAGAGAUGACUCAAGGCUUCAAGAUCUUGCAGGAAGAAUAGAAGAAAUUGGAAGGCCAUCGCAAAAGCAUAUCACUGAAUUUAGUGACUUGGAUUCAAGUGACUCAAGUGAAGAGUCUACUAGCAAUCUUGAAGAUGUCUUCUAUGAGCAUAUAUCAAAUCACUAGACAACAUAGUCUAUGUGAAGAAGUAGUCAAGAACGUACUUGACUAGUGGCUAGAGAAUAUCUGAAUUCUCUAUCUCAAAUACUUCUAGACAGAGUGGUCUAGAAAGAUAUUUUUGUCAAGACCACAUUUCUUCAAUUUGAUUCUCAGAAGAAAAGAUAUCGUCAAGUGAAAUGCCCAAAGAAGUCCAACAAAGUCAUAGAAGAAGA